CUCUUCCUCUUCUAUCGCCUCUCACUCUCUCUGUGAACUCAUCUUCAUCGUUAAAACAAAAAAAGAAACCAGACAACAACAAAAAAUUCGAACAACACGCAAUCGUUUCUCUCGAUCUCGCUCUCUCGACUCAGAUUCUAUUCUUUCUCAGAUCAAACUCUCAACCGCUCUCAUCGAUUUCUCUCUCGUCAAUGUCCUCACCAUACAAAAUCAAAAAAACACAUUUCAAUCAAGCAAGAACCCUAGCACCAAAUUAAUCCCACGAUUCAAUACAAGGUUCAUGGUUACUGAUUACAUGAGGUUGGAAGCUAAAGGAAUGCAAACAUUGUAAUAUCAAGAAUGAAAAAAAAGGAGUAACCAGCUAUCGUCCGAGUAUAAAAGGAGAUUUGGGGAGUGACGAUUUUUUUCAAGCAAAAUGAAUCACUAUUUUGGAAAUCCUGGAAUGUGGUCUUCUGGAAGCAGUUCUGAUGAUUCAUCAGAUGAUGAAGAUAUUGAUGAGUACUACUGGGAGAUAAGGAUGAGAUCGGGCUACAUAGGGCGCCUAAGUGUUCUCUUUUUUCCAAGGGAAGUUUGUAGGUUCUUUCGGUUGAUCUCCCCACAUAUAGAGAUGUGUGAUUUUGAUACAGGGGAGGUAUAUGAAUGCAACAUCCGCAAUGGAGUUCAAAACCGUGAGGAGGAACUUUACAUAGGAGGUGGUUGGUACCAAUUUGCAAGGAGGAAAAGGCUUAGGAGAGGUGAUCAGUUGGGUUUCACCCUUUCGAGGUUUCCUUAUAGGUUGUACGUGCAAUUGUUGAAUCGUUGAAUGUUGUACUGUUGAAGGGAGUUCUUAAGUACUUUGUUUCGAUUUCAAUUUAAGUAUCAUGUUUUGACGCACGUGUAUUAUGAAACGGUUGUAAAGAUGAAUGCUUAUGCGUGUCUAAGUAUGUAUUGGUAUGAAUUAAAGCGUUUUGUAUUAGUGACAUUAGUCGUGUUAUGUGCUAACGCAAUUAGCAUUUUGUAGCAGCGAAAACACCAUUGUUAGAUGUAAUAUAUUGUUUGUUAUGAACUUAAAAUCUUUGAUGAAUUCCCUAUAUUUUGUAUAAUGUAUUGGAGCAUUGUAUAGUUAUGUCCAGAUGACUUUUAAUGUUUGUUUAUAUUGUUCA